AUGUCUGAAGAGAAACCAAUUCCGGUAGAUUCUGGGGACGACGAAUUGGUGGUAGUGGAAGAAGUGGAAAAGACCCCAUUUUUCACAUUCAAUGCCAGUAUAAUAUCAUAUUUACACACCAUUUUUGCUUCUUCAUCAUUUUUAGCAGCAUUAGCAGUUGGAUCAUACUUGCAUUAUUACAAGAUUGUUCAAAAUUCUUCAUUUGGUUACCCUGAUGAAUGGUUUCCCAGUGUUUCUGCCACCAUUGGUGAUAGAUAUCCUGAAAGAUCAGUUUUCCAAAUCAUUAUUGCGUUAACUGCUGGACCAAGAUUUUUAUUAUUGAUAUUUAAUUUUAUUAGUCUUUUCAAGAAAAAUAGUUAUUUGCCUUAUAUUGCUACUAUUUCAGGGACUUUAAGAACAUUCACUGCUGGUGGAUGGAUGUAUAUUACUUCAACUGAUGAUCAUGAUGCUCAUGACGUGUUUAUGAUUUCGUAUAUGGUAUUGACUAUACCAUGGACAGUGUGCAAUACAUUGCUUUCCCCUAAAGGUUCAUUACAAAGAAAUGCCAGAUUCUAUUCAGCAAUAGCAUUUUUCGGAACUAUUGUCCCAUUGAUUUAUUGGUUUAUUCAACAUAAAGUUCAUGUGAGACCAGGAGCUUAUUCCAUAUAUGCUUAUUUCGAAUGGGGGUUAAUUUUUUUCGAUAUUUUAUUUGAUUCUUGGUCGGCUAUUGAUUUUACCAAUAUUGAUAUUCUGAUUUCAGCAACUGGAAUUGAAUUAGUUCAUGUUGAUAGUACAACUGCUACUGUUACUACUAAGACCACUACUAUAGAAUCCACAAAAGUAACCGAAAUUGAAACUGAAAUAAAACCUGGUCCAUUUGAUAGCCAAUUUAGUGAUAUUGACGUAGUUGUCAAUUUAAUCAAUUCAUUCAUUUAUUGGACAGUUGUCACAUCAUUAUUUUUGUGUGUUUGGUAUUUCCCAUUAUGGCAUAUGGGUAUAUCAGGUUAUGAAGCAGCAGUUUUAUCUUUCUUUUUGGCUCCUUUAUUAUUGAUUAUUCCAGUUUCACUUAAUUUUUUCGUGACAUAUCCAUCAAUUUCAAGAACUUUGACAGUAAUUUUGGGUAUUGGUGCAUAUAAAGUUCAAGAUCCAGAACAAAGACUUUUAACUAUUACUGCAGGGACAGUAUUUGCAGUAAUUUCUGUUAUUUCUGAAUUUUCUGCUUUUGCAAAUCAUCCUAAAAAAUUAAAUUCUUAUAUUUCAACAUUUUCAUUAGGACUUUUGGCUACUUCAAUUUUCAAAUAUUUGUGUUUUUCCAAUAAUCCAAUUUGGCCAAUUAUGCAUAAGGAAAAUGGAGGUUAUAAUGGUAUUGGUAUAUUUUUGGGAUUAUUGGCCGCUUUUUUCACUCCAAAACAAAAACAAUCAACCCAUAAAUCAACCAAUGGUGAAUCAGUUGCAACUGCAGGUGGAUCUUUAUUAUUGGCUGCAUUAGGUUUUGGUGGAUAUUAUUUCUCUCUCUCAUCGUAUUUGUCGGAUUCAGGUACUUUGGCUCUUUGGACUUGGGAAGGGUUCCCUAUAAAGGGACCAACUCCAGUGACUGGUGCUUUGUAUCAUUUUAUUGCCAUCAUGGCUGCCAUAAUUGUUAAUGUAAAACUGCACCCUAAUCUUUUCAGCAGUUGGAGUUAUAAUAUUAUUAUUGGUGGUGGAAGUGCUUUUGUGUUGUAUAAUUUUGGUGGUUGGAUAGGAUAUGUUGGAGCAGUGAUUUAUACCUUCUAUUUGACAUCCAUUGGACCAAUUAUUUGGAAUUCAAUUAAAGGUUACAAUAUAACCGGGGCAUUUUUCUUUGGGUAUUUUUUCAACAUUUUGUUUGGAUUAGCCAGUGUUUGGAUUGUUGCUUAUGCAUUUGUGCCUGGUGGACCAUUACUUCGUGAACGAACUGAUAUUGUACUUGGUGGAUCAUUUGUGUCAAUUUUGACUGGAGUAUUGAAUUAUAAUUUACGUCGUGAAGAAUUCACUAAAAUCAAAUUCACUAGUUGUAAGAUAUUCAAACAAACUUUGACGAUUAUAACUGUUUUAUUGGCAUUAUCAAUUUCAAUAUUUAUAAAGAGAUAUCCUAGUGAACCAUUCAAACCAUAUAAUGAAGAAUCUAAAUCAUUCACUGCUGGUAUUUGGUGUGUUCAUUUUGGGUUAGAUAAUGAUAUGUGGUCAUCAGAAACCAGAAUGAGAGAUUUAAUUCGAGAUGCAGAAAUUGAUAUCAUUGGAUUAUUAGAAUCCGACACUCAAAGAUUAAUUGGUGGGAAUAGAGAUUUCACUCAAACCAUUGCUGAAGAUUUGGGGAUGUAUGUUGAUUAUGGUCCCGGUCCUAAUAAACAUACAUGGGGUGCAGCAUUAUUAUCGAAAUUCCCUAUAAUCGAAUCUACUCAUCAUCUUUUACCAUCACCAGUAGGUGAAUUGGCCCCAGCAAUCCAUGCAACUUUAGAUAUAUAUGGAGAAUUGGUUGAUGUUGUUGUUUUCCAUUCUGGUCAAGAAGAAGAUAUUGAAGAUCGUAGAUUACAAAGUUUAGGUAUACAAGAAAUAAUGGGCAAUUCAUCUAGACCAUUAAUAUUAUUGAGUUAUUUGGUAACUGAACCAUUACAAGGUAAUUAUAACACUUAUGUUAGUGAAAAAUCAAGAGUUUAUGAUAUUGAUAAUACUGAUUGGGAUAGAUGGUGUGAAUAUAUUUUGUUUAGAGAUUUAAGAAAAGUUGCUUAUGCCAGAAUUUCUAGAUCUACCAUUACUGAUACUGAAUUACAAAUUGCUAAAUUCAAAUUAUUGAAUGAUGAAGAAAAAAAUGACGAUGAUUUAGAAUUCUAUUAUGGUAAUAAUUUUGUUAAUGAGGAUGAAAUUGAAGAGAAUUUAAGAAUGCCACAAAUUUUCCGAGGUGAUGGUGUCAGAGGACAUAGAUAUCAUGUAUUUGAUGAACCAAGAUAUUUUGCUCAGCACAAGUGGCAAAGAUAUAAUCAAGAGGAACAAGAGCAGCAACAACAACAACAACAACAAGGAGAAGAAGAAGAAAGGCAAAAUGAAGAAGAUGAAGAAUAUUAG